GGCAAAGACCCGAACAGCUUGGUUCAUGUCCGUCAAAAGCAUUGUUCAUCGUUGAUUGUUGUUGUUGUUGUUGUUGUUGUUGUUGUUGAUGGAGGUGCCUAACCCAUUCUUGCACAGCACCAUAUAAGAGAUCACAUCAUCGGUAUCAUCAUGAAGGUUGUUACCAUGAUCAUAGUCAUGGUAGUUGCCCCCGCCACGGUUGCUGCAAUGGCUUGGUUUUACACCGACGAUAGUAGCGGAGACGGAGGCAAGGGAGAUUCUCCGUCUUUUCCCAUUUCGGACUGUGAUGAUGUUGACACGGACUUGGCGCUGCGGAGGAGGGAUCCUGCCAUCCACAACCUUCCAACCGCAUUGCCAACCCAAUCGCCCACAACAGCGACAGCAACAAUGACACAAAGAAACAGAAGAAAAAGACGAAGAAUCAAUGAAAAUACGACCACGCAACCUCCACCCUCCCGUGCACCGACCGCUUCACCCACCACAAUCUCUGUUGUUACCACAACAACAGUCGAGCUCUUUGGAGAAACUUACCACAUUGCCAACACCACCGUCAUUGAUCGCGCUGAAAAGGGUCUAACAGGGACGCUCCCCUCCGAAAUUGGUCUAUUAACUGCCUUGACCAAAAUCCGCCUUUGGGGCAACCACAUUAGCGGCAAUAUCCCUACCGAAAUUGUAGCAUUGACGGCAUUGAAAGAUCUCUAUCUGGGAGGCAACGAUUUGGUGGGGGGCAUUCGAACCGAAUUGGGAUUGAUGACCAACUUGGAUUGGUUAUCGUUGUGGGGGAACACCUUUUUUGGAGAGAUUCCAUCCGAACUGGGAUUGCUGACCCAAUUGACCAUGUUGGACAUUUACAACAAUCAGCUGUCGGGGCAUGUACCCAGCAAUCUCUGUGACAACACGGCAUUGGCCAUAAUACGAGUCGAUUGCCACCCGGAACAAUUUGCAGUACAAUGUGUGUGCCAGGAAUGUAGCUGUCACUGAAAAGUAAAUGGCGGUGGUAAAUGAAAUGCUAAAUUAUUGAGAAACAAGCUUGUGUGCUUCCAGGAGCCACCUUCAUACAGCACCGGAGUCAAUGGAGGUACCGUAGUUGGUUGGUAUGUCGUCACAGAAGCAAAGGGGGCUGUGAUUUGAUCAGUGUCGACCAGAUCCACCAGCCAGACUUGCCAGAACGACUACGGAAGUACAGCUAUAGAACAACUCAACACAGUCGCAACUAACAUUCUCUAUGGAAAGAUGGGCAACUAUGCUGCACAUUGUAAACUACAAAAUACUAGUAAUACAGUAGUCGUAGCCCAUUUCCUAAACCUACAAUGUCACGGUCUAUCAAAAAGUCUUCACAUUCCCACAACACAAAGCACAAUAACAAAAACACAAACCAAUUUGGUGCUUCA